AUGGCAUCCACUAACCCAACCAUGGGGAUCUUCUUCCUGUCCCAGACUGUCCUGGGAUUGCUGGGGAACUCAGCCUUGCUUUGCUGUUUUAUUAUUGCUGACCUCACUGGGAUCAAGGAGAAGACUACAGAUCCGAUUGUCAAACACCUAACCUGGGCCAAUAUCAUGGUUCUUCUUGUCAAAGGAAUCCCUCAGACAAUGGCUGCUUUUGGUCAGACGUAUUUUCUAAGUGACAUUUCAUGUAAACUUAUCUUUUAUUUCCAUAGAGUUGCCAGGGGAGUAUCCCUUGGUUCCACGUGUCUUCUGAGUGUCAUUCAAGCCAUCACCAUCAGCCCCAGUAAUUCCAUCUGGGCCCAGCUCAAGGCCAGUGCCUCCAGGAUCAUUGGUCCUUCCCUGGGCCUCUGCUGGGCCUUGUAUCUACUUGUAAAUAGCUUCCUUAUUAUGACAGUGACUGACAUGAGAGAGAAAGGAAAUCUUACAGAAUUUAGACAGUUUGUGUACUGUUUAGCAGUAAGAGCUUCCAAACAAUCUUACACUGUAUAUCUGUUCCUAUUGUCCUCCAGUGAUGUAGUGUGUUUGGGCCUCAUGCUGUGGGCCAGUGGCUCCAUGGUGUUCAUCUUGUCCCAGCAUAAACAGAGGGUCCAACAUAUCCACAGAUUCCUGUCUCAUAAGUUAUUACCUGAGACCAAAGCCACCCAAAGUGUUCUUACCCUAGUGAGUACCUUUGUGGUGCUCUAUGGAGCCUCUGUCAUUUUAAUUUUAUAUUUUCCUUCGCAGGACAAAACGGAUACAUGGCUGGUCAAUGCCAGUGUGGCCAUGAGUGCGUGCUUCCCAGCACUCUGCCCCUUUGUGCUCAUCCGACACUAUACUAGGGGUUUUCAGCUCUGCAGUACUUGA